GUUAACCUUUUGUUCCAGCGAAAGAGAGUGCGCGUUUGCUUGAUUCAGAGAGAGAGAGAGGAUAAUCCGGCCACUGUUGAGGCCGGUGGGAAGCAAACGGAGCUGUAGACGCCGGAAUACAGGGAGAGAUUGAAUGUGGGAGAUUUGGAAAAGGCAUAAAAAGAAGGUUUAUUUUACAAUUGGAGUUUUAGGAAGUGGGUAUCUUCUAUACAAGCUUUAUGAUGCUCACAAACGCAGGCUCUCUGACCUGGAGAGAGAACUUGCCCAAGAGAGGGAAAAUGAUGAACUCAUUAAAGCCCACAUGCAAGCGCAUUUUGGGAACAUUCAAAGAAUAGCGGAUACGGCAACCUUGCCUCAUUCGAUGCUCUAUUUGAGUAGUCGGGUGGCAGAAGAGCUAGACCUUCUGCACUUGACAGAGCAGCUAAUUAGAGGGAAGGGUCAAUCCAACUCUCUGUCGUCUUCUGAGAAACUUGAGCUAUGGGAGAAACUCAAAAUUUUAAGUUUCACAAGAAUGGUGUUGUCCCUUUGGGCAAUGACAAUGCUUAGCUUAUAUAUUAGAGUUCAAGUCAACAUAUUGGGCAGACUUUUAUAUAUUGACACAGCACGUGAUCUUGGAAGUUCUCAUCUGCUUGUAAGAUCCUACUCUUUUUCUCCUGUUUAUUACUGAGAAAACAAACAUGUA